CAUGGCCUCAGCCAGCAGCCUCCCGUGUGAAGAACAGCUCCUGUGUUCCAUCUGUCUGAACAUGUUCACUGAGCCUGUCUCUACUCCAUGUGGACACAACUACUGCAAGACUUGUAUCACAGGGUACUGGUCCAACAGAGACCUGAUACAGUGUCCCCUUUGUAAAAAGAAGUUCCGCAAGAAUACACAGCUUCAGGUCAACACAGGGUUCAGAGAUAUGGUGGAGCAUUUCAACAACAUGAGGGUGAGGGGGGAAGAUGAGACACCUGCCAAACCAGGGGAGGUGACCUGUGACAUCUGCCUUGAGCUGAAGCUCAGGGCCCAGAAGACGUGUCUGGUGUGUUUGGCCUCGUACUGCCAGCUUCACCUGGAGCCUCAUCAGAGAGUCAAAACCCUGAAGAAGCACCAGCUGAUCGAGCCUGUGUCAAACCUGGAGGACAGAGUGUGUAAGAAGCAUGAUAGGAUGUUUGAGUUCUUCUGCCACGAAGACCAGAUGUACAUUUGUGUCAUGUGCUUGAAAGAAGAACAUGUAACACAUGAAGCUGUCCCAUUGGAGCAGGAGUUCAGAGAGAAGAAAGCCCUACUAGGCUCUGUGAUGUCACAGGUAAAAAUAAUGGAAAACACUAAAUCUGGGAAUAUCAAAGAAAUCAAACAUUUUGUCAAACAGAGCAGGAAACAAUCAGAUAAAGAGAUGGCAGACAUCACUGAGGUUUUCACUGCUCCGGUGGUCUCUCUGCAAAGCAGCCAGGCUGAGCUGAUCCAGGUGAUCCAGGAGAAGCAGAAAGCAGCAGAGAAGGAGGCUGAAGACCGUGCAACACCUCUGGAGCAAGAAGUGGCUGAGCUGAGGGAGAAAAGAUUAGAAAUGGAGAAACUUUUACAAACAGAGGACCACUUCCGCUUCCUGCAGAGCUGUCCAGUUCUCCCUUUCCCUGAACACAGUGUCAUAGGUAAAGCUCUGAGUCAGUCCAGCAAGCCAAUAGACCUCUCUGAUAUCAGUCAGCAGAGUUAUGUGAGGAUAGUGAAAAAAGCUGUGGAUCAAACGGAAAAGAUACUCAGUUAUGAGCUAAUGAUGCUUGUUAAUAAGGUCAGGUCAUCUGAUAACUGUGAAGCUGAUGAACAGUCUAAAACAGAAGAAGAGUGGACUCAACCUCUAGACAAGCUGAUGAUGAUCCAGCAGAACGAAUCGGUGAAUGUGACGCUGGACAGCUACACAGCCCAUUCCACACUUGCAGUGUCUGAGGAUGGGAAACAGCUGAGAUUUUUUGAAGGUGUACCAUCUCUAAGUUUUUUCUUUUGGAAAAGAUUUCGAAAUCAACCCUUUGUCCUCGGGAGACAGGGGUUUUCCUUUGGCAGGUUCUACUACGAGGUUCGGGUCAGUGACAGUAAAGGCUGGGUCUUGGGAGUGGCCAAAGAGUCCGUUAACAAAAAGAUAAACUCCAUCUGCCCUGAGGUGGGAGUCUGGGCAGUUGAUAUGUACAUCAACCAUGAGGGAGAGGCAUGUUUUACUGAUAUCUCUGGUCACCGGUACGUGAGGCAAAAGCCCCAGACAGUUGGUGUGUUUGUCGAUUAUGAGAAGGGAGAGGUCUCCUUCUAUGACGUGGGUGCCAGAACUCUGAUCCACUCCUACACAGGAUGUACCUUCAUAGAAAUGACAGAAUCAUUAUUCUAUGGUCCUGGCCUGUAUUUUCAAAGUAGACCAAAGCUUCACCCUUUCUUUGGUUUCUUGACAGCUGUAUAUGAUCCUGACAACAUGCUGGAAAUCACUCCUGUAGCCGGCACAAGUUUCACAUAAAUCAGUGGAAACUAGUGUGUAACUUCUACCAUGAGGUAAUAGUAGUUGCAUCACACAUUACAAACGGACAGU